GUGUCCCAGGCACAACCAAUAAAAAUGAGAAGAGGACCAAUCUGAAUAUGAGGUGCAUAUAAGCUACUGCAGAAAACUAAUCUGGAUUCAAAACACUGCCAAACUCACAUAAUUAGCUGAGUGGGGUAAGCCAUUUUGAAACUAGCUAUAGUAUUGGCUUUGCAAUGAGGGUUGCUCUGUGGCUAGCACUAGCAGUUUUGUUCUCUCAGGAAUGUGGACACAGCAAAGGCAGCAAACGAGAGAAGCGCAGCGUCCUGGAUUUGGUUUUAACUCUAUGGUGUUACCGGCACCGGCUGCAAAUCCCACUGCUAGCACUCAAUCUGUACGGUUGCUACUGUGGAACUGGUGGUUCUGGAAUCCCCUUGGAUGCAGUGGAUCAGUGCUGUUUCUUACAUGACUGUUGUUACUGCCAUGCCAGGGUCUCCUUAAAAUGUCACCGCAGAGUAAAGUGGCAGCGGUACAAACUCUUGUGUAAGACAUCUGAGACGGAGUGCCAGUCCACAAGUGUCUGUGGCAGGAUAGCAUGCGAGUGUGACAAGCAGCUGGCGGAGUGCUUGAUGACAGCAAAACCCCAGAGGAAGCAUUCUUUUUACAACAGGGGGGAUCUCUGCAAAGGACCCAAGGACUCUUGCCCAGUCAUUCACCAUAACUGGACUGAAAAUCUACACUAGGAAAGUCCUUACGCCCCAUCUCCCUCGAGGUGGAGUUCUUACGGAAACAUUAAAUUCUGGGAAUAAACUGGCUGCAGCAGUUUCUUCUAAAGGACUCUCCUCCCCUCUCUUAACAUCUGUGUUUCUUUCUAGGCAAUGCAACAGACUGCUUUUGCGAUUGUUGUAUGGCAGGUUAUGAGGCCAUCUGGCUGAAUAUGAAAAUCAGGAAGUGCGGUCUUUCCUCUACUAGGACGGUAACAAUACGCCUCGGGACAGGGAGGCGAGGAGUAGCCGCCCUACAAAAAAGAAUCCUAAAGCAAAUCAAGGCUCAAAAAUGCAAGCGAAGGGCGAGCCGACUAUGAGCAGGAUAGGUCAUAUCGAGAGGGGAGGAAAUAGUAUAGCGACGUACAGCCUGAGGUUCCGGCAAAAGAAGAAAACGAAACCCGCGAUUGUCUAUGGUCAUCGCUUUGUCAAGAUAUACUGAACGGUGAAAACCGUAUGCCUUUAGAAGUGAAAUGCCAACGAGGACUACGUUGGAAGGCAACUCUAAAAAUCCCUCUCUCUGUAUCGGAAUAGCUGCAGAAGAAUUAGAGGCCGAUACAAGUUCUCGCGAGAAGAGGAAAGCAUCCGCACCCAGUUUCAGUGACAUAGUAAGAGCCAUUGACAGGCGCCAGAUGUUUAGUAGAGGGCAUUAAAGUCAAAGGGCAGUUAAGAAAUCUUUAAUAUGGUCUAUUCGCUGACACAUUGGUUUUCAGUAAUCGUUACGUUCUCUUCGCUUUGUAUGUUGUAGGGACCAACAAGCGCUUACUAAUUAAAUUGUUAAUAGCUGACAGGAAUUCCCGGGGGGGUGUGUCUUACCACUUUGAUGCCUUCCUGGCAGGAGUAUGGAUUACAUUCUAUUUCCGUGUGACCUGUUUUAAGUAAACAUGUGCAGGAUCGCACUCAUAGUAGAAAUUCAGACAAACUAACAGUGCCAAGCGUCGCUGCUGUCGUUCUGUUUAGCUUCCAAAUCUAGUCUCAAUUUACUUUGAAUAUCUUUGCUCUCUCAAGAAUGGGUGCUGCAACAAGUAAGUUAUUUAGGCCUAAAUCAAGCAUGCAUUUUAAAGUGCUUUAUUAUUACCCAGGAAUUCCUUCGAUUCAGUUAAUGUGCAUUAACACCAAUCACAAGUCGCUUCUGGCAUUUUAAAACACGCUUCACCUGGUUCUGGAGAAGACCUUAACUGUGAUGGCUCUGCAACUAGGCUCCCAAGCAGUCUCAUAGGUAAUAUCCUUUCAGCCCAUCCCAUGAUCUGCCCUUGUUCCCUUGGUCUUAUAUCUAGCAUUAUAUUACUCUACAUUGUGAGUCAGUUACAGUGCAACCCCCCCAACAAUUCUUAAUACAGCUGUUUAAUAUACCCUUUCAACUGCAACAGUUGAUAAACACAGGCUUUCAAUUCUUUACUCUUGUUGUAUUCAUUAGUAUCUCUGUAAGUUUUGAGAACUGUAAACUCUUAUUAGAUUGUUGAUAAAAGUUUGUGAUAUUUACUCUUAAGGACUGGUGGAAGUAAUCAGUCUUGUUUUACUAGAGUCUGGACUUGAAUAGACUUUGUUAACUUCAUUUUUGAGAAAAUCUGUUGACAUAUGUGUUUUUGGAAACCUGUUUUACCAGGAAAGUUGAAUUUAAUCAGGUGAUUAAGUUACUUGUAGGAAUUUGACUGGAUGUGGCCUUCAAAUCUUAAAUGCCUUCAUGUUGCUAUUAUAAUCAUUUCAGUGAUGCAUAUAACUGACAACUAGUCUGUUUCUUAAUUGUAGUUCAGGCACAUUAACAUGUGAUUUCUCAAUUUCUUCCUGGAUUAUAAUCAAAAACUUCAUAGCCAGAAUUAAUGAUUGUUUUACAGUGACACCAUUGCUUGCUUAUAACGGGUCAUCAAAGUUUACAAAUAGUCCUUGAGCCCAGAACACAGUUUUGGUGGAUCCUUCACUAAAAUAAUGAAUUAGUUUGUACAACUCUUUGAUGCCUAAUGAAAUAACAUGUAAUAGAUAUCCAUAUAUAUAUAUGUUCUGUUCAGCUUAGGCUGCCUUUUAGAACACCAAAACACAUUUUAUGACCAAUGGAAACUUUAAAAUAAACAGAGCUGCAACUUCAACACCUUUUAUUAUGCCCUUGAAUGUUCACACUUUUCACUCACAAACAAGGAAGAAUAAAUCAUUAAUACAGUUACAGAAAGCAGUAUUAAGAGAGAGCAGAAUGCCAGGAAGCCAAAACCCUGUUUUGAAUCAUCUCAAGAGCAGGGAAAAUAACAGUACCACUAAGGGAUAAAAAUGCAACAAAAGUUAUUCCUGAGUGUUGCAUUUGUUCCCUGUGUGGUUCCAACAUUGCACUAGCAGACUAGUUUCUGUUAUGACUGUGCCUACUGCUACACAAUCUACUAUGAACAAUUCAACACAACAGUUUUCAUGUAUUCACUUUUCAUCAUAAAAAAGUACACAUUAGAUGAAAAUAAUAUUUUAAAUAAUGGUGGAAUGUCAUGUGACUUGUGGAUUUGGAAAGUAAUAGUGGAGGGUUUUGGAAUGUAACUGUGAUGGUGGAAGUGGCAUUUGUAGAGGAGAAUCAAUAUGAAGUAAGGGUGGUUAACCUCUCCCAUACUCACUGAGUCUUCCUUGCAAAUCUUAAGUCUACUGGCUCUAUUCCCCUCAGCUGAUUUUGAACCCCAAUGUGGGGAGGGAUUAGUGCAUCUGCAGGGCAGAAAUUGCAGGCAAGGAGGUUAAGCACCCCCUUCUACCUGCACUGCUCCUUUGCAAGCAAGUACUUUCCACAUAUUUGCCUUAUGAAUAAAAUGUAGGGAUGGGAAUCCUGUAUUUUCCCUGAAAUGUAUUGUUCUACCCAAAGGUAUUAACAGGAAAAAAAGUUGCCCUUUCAUAUCAACCUCAGUUACAGACCUGUAGAAAUGAGAUAAUUGAAAUCUACCAUCUUCUCUGCCAAGACUCCAAAUUCUCUCUCACCACAGAAAUGCAGUAGAUUUUGUGCCAAACAUUUGUAAUAAGCCUUCAACAGGAGAGUGCCAGCUUUCCUUCUAACCAGUUGUUUACUCAGUGUGAGUUACUCAAAGUUCAUGGUUUCAUGGGAGGGCACAAUAUUUUUCUUGUGCAUAAACUCUGUCUUUGGAUUAGCCUGUCUGU